UUUUUUUCCCCAUCUCAUAACAUUUUACUAUCGAACACAUGGCUUCUUUCACAAACAACACAACUUCCGGAGAUCCAAGCAAGACCUCUGGUAAAUUCCACUCCGCCAAGGGCACCGCUGUCGAGACGGUUGGGGACCUGACAGGUGCUACGUCGUGGCAGCAAUCCGGCAAGCAGGAGCAUGCUGCCGGUGAGGGCGAAUAUAAGGCUGCUCAGGGCAAAGGAUACACUGAAGGUACCUCGGAUCGUUUUACCGGGAAGAAGGAUGCCGUCGUUGGUGCCGUCACGGGUGAUAAAACCCAACAGGCAGCUGGUAACACGCGCCGUGACAAGGGUGAGGCUCAGCAGGAAAUCAACAAGAGUAUCUGAACGUAUUGCUGUAAACUAUUGAGAGUCAAUGUCGCGUCUACUUUACACUCUCAUCGGAAAUAUGGAUAAUUGAUUGUACUUUUUGAUGAACACAACUACGGCAUAAUCUGUUAAUGCC